UCAAUUUAUGAUUGAUAACUAUCAAGAAAUAUUUGAAGACUAUGACAGUACAAUAUCCAAUGAUAAUCAAAAGAAGUGUCAUGACAGAAAGUUGUCACUAAAUACUGUUGAUUUCGAGAAACGAGAAGGCAAUGUUUAUACAGCCCCACAAACACUCUCUGAAAAUACAUCUUCACCAUCAAAAAAACUGUUUCGUAAAUUUACACCCAGUAUUUGUUUGGAGAGAAUGCUGCCUUCUCCAUUUCUUGAAAUGCUAUCCAUCAUUGCAGAAAAGGGACAGGAAUCUGAUGAAAUAUUUAGAUGCUUAUUAAAAAAACCCCACUGGUCACUCAGGGAUAAGAUUUACACUGAACAACCAGUUGACUUGAAUGAGGAAUCCGUGCUCAUUAUAGCUUCGGUUGUAAAGGACUUUAUUAGAAAAAUACCAGGAAGCUUGAUGUGUUUCGAUUUAUAUGAAAAUUGGCUUCGAGUGAGUGAUGAAGCUUCUCUGGUUGGAAAAGUUCAUGCUAUACAAAGUAUUCUACUGAAAAUGCCACAACAUAACUAUUGGUUGCUGAAAGAACUUAUGAGCGUGUUAGUAAAAAUUAAAACCUCUUCCAAGAAUCACCUAGACACCUACAUGCUGUCGCUCCGCAUUGCACCACAUAUGUUUUGGGAUCCAACUUGCAAUAACUCCUUAUUUGGGAGUGACCUCCCCCAAAAGAUGACUAUUAUCCAAAUAAUGAUUGACAAAUAUCAAGAGUUAUUUGAAGACCAUGACAUUCCAAUUUGUAAGGAAAAUCAAAGUAGGUCUGAUGAUGUCAAAGUGUCACUUAAUACUGCUGCAGGGGACAGUGGAACACCUUCAACAUACCACGUUCCACAACAGAAGCAUCCUCAUGACUGAGGGAUGUCCUCACCAUUCUAUUUCAAUGUUCCCUUCUAUCUUCCACUUUACCAUCGCAGAAGAUAUUAUUACAAGAAACAACUGCAGUUUUAUAUUGAACCAUAUUACUUGCUGCAAAUAGUUUCAUUCACUAUACUUUAUGUUGUGCAUUACAUAAACUUAUCUAUUAUAAUAAAUUUUUAUUAUAUUAUU